AACACUUUGUGCUAUUAUCUGUCAAACGUCUUGUGUUGUGAUUUUCGGUGGUUUAAUUAAAAACUGAACACAGCAAUAAUGGUUGAGCAGUACGUUGGAAAAUGGAAAAUGACUUCAAGUGACAAUUUUGAUGAAUACAUGAAGGCUGUAGGUGCUAGUUUUGCCUCUCGACAAAUGGCAAAUCUUGCUAAACCAAGUUUGUUGAUUGCUGUGGAUGAGCAGGGCGUCAUCACUAUGAAAGCUGUCACUACAUUCAAGACCCUGGAAAUCAAAUUCAAGUUAGACGAGGAAUUUGAUGAGACGACAGCAGAUGACAGAAAAGUGAAGACUACUAUGAGCCUUGCGGAUGGUAAACUUAUUCAAAAGCAGACCUGGGAAGGAAAGACCACAAUAAUCGAAAGAGAGAUUCAAGACACGAAAAUGAUAGCGAAAUGCACCAUGGAUGACGUUGUGGCUAUCAGGACAUACGAAAAAGAUGCAUGACCGAAUGAACUACAGGCUUUAAGACAUUUUAAAGUUCUUGUCAGAUUUUAAUGAUCAUUGAACUUGACUGAUUUGAUGUGAGCUAUGAAUUGCUUUGUUUCAAUGUUUUUUCAGCUUUUUAAACAUAAUAAAAACAAUAACAUAAA